UUACUUUGAAAGUCCCACCCUGAAGCUGCCCCUCUUUAAGCUGCCCCAGCUUGAUGCUUUGCAGGCGCACUCUUCAGAGACGCGGAGUGCGCGGUUGUCCGUCCUGAAGCGCGGCAGGACAAGUCGCACUGAGGAGACCCGCGGCUCCGGGACAUGGUCCUUCCUGUAGGUCCGCAUUGAACUGCUCCUCCACCUGCAUUGGUGUAACAACUGCGCAUCCAGUUUUGGGGUGUGACAAACAUCUCUCGGGCGCGCGUGUGUGCGUCGUUUUUUUUUUUUUAAUUCAGGCUUAUCCAGCAGUGAAGACGCUGAUGACUUGACUUGUUUUCACCCACUGCCUCGCCUCCACUCCGGCUGAUGCGCUCUGGACCUUUCCCCUCGUGGUUGAUCCGUCCAGACAGGUUGAUCCGUUCCAGGCGCGCCGCUGCGGGUGUCCAGUGGUUUCUCUAGUGCCGGGCGGGCGGGCUGAAGUUGAAGUCCUGCUCUAGAAGGCGUCAGCUCCAAAUGCAUUCUCUCCUGUGCCGGGAGAAGAAAGAAGAAGAAGCCGGGUUCGGGUUCGAUCUGGGUCUGUCUCCGGGCUUCCUGCCCCAAGCUGCCACCAUGUUCAGCUGCGUGGGAUGCUUCUGGGUGCUCCUCUCCUCCGCUCUGGUCGCCUUGUGCAGUUUCAGCUUCAUAUCCCCUGCCUGGAUUGUUAAGGACCAGCUGAGGAACAGCAACCAGCCCCACCAGCAGCACCACCACCACCACCACAAGGACUCCGUGAGCUUCGGCUUGCUGUGGCACUGCUCGGAGUCUCUGGAUCACAUGUACCGCUGCUACACCUUCGGCGGACUGGGCAAAUUCGCUGAGAUCCCCUCCAGCUCCUGGCAGACCAGCGCGGUGCUCUGCUCCGGAGGCUGCGCCCUGCUGGCCGUCAGCUCCCUGUUGGCCAUCAUCACCAUCUUCCUGCCCAGCGGAGGAUGCGAGAGGAGGAUCUGCACCCUGGCGGGAUACAUGCAGAUGGCUGCAGUGUUCAUCAUGGCUGCUGGACUGCUGGUCUACCCCUUCGGCCUCAACUCCUCACUGGUGCGGUCCUCCUGCGGGGACGCCGACAUCUACUACGCCGGCGAGUGCCAGAUCGGAUGGGGCUACAUGCUGGCUAUUGUCGGAGUCAUGCUCACUGUCUUCUUGCCCUUUUUUGCCAAAUACGCGCCGAAGGAGCAGCUGUCCCCCACCCCUCUGCCCACGCUGUUAUAGUGCACCUCGUCCCUCCGUGACGUCACUGACAGACGCCUGCAUCCCGUUUCCUAAAAGUGAUGCUGUUUGGGACUCGGCCGAGGCUGAACACCCGACAGCAAACACCGUCUUCCUGCGUCUGUUACGUGGUUACUGCAAAGUUCAGUUCGUAUAGAUGGAAUGUUUUAUGUUAAGAUUUUACUCAGUGGUUAUAGUUUUCUGCAGUUUAACUUUUCAAGUGAUUUACGGAGAAGAUGCGGUCAGAAGAUGCGAGGAGCUCAUUUUAAACGAUUUAAGGAGAUGACUACAGAUAAUAAAAAAAUGUUUUUUUGUUUUGUUUUCAGUUUGUGCAAAGCAAGUCCACAGAUGUGACAUCACAAAACAGACUACAGGCUCGGGGCAUAAAGAAUGUGAGCAUGAGAUUAUGUGGCGACUUUGAAGGCCGAGAAUACAAAUAGAAAAAGGUUCUACUGAAGAUGUAUUUCCCACUGGACUGAACCUGUCGUCUGGACUUUACAAAGCUGGUGUCUGAGCCUUCAAAGUACCACGUCGAAAAGGGGAAAUCUGAUGCGUCGCAAGAUGUUUGCUCCUCAGACUUUAUCUGCCGUCAAGUCACGUGACCAGGCGUCGAACCAGUGAGGGUCAAGAAGACAUUUUAGCUUUCAAGGACGAUGCGUUCGGGGAGAAGAUGACAAAUGGGAAUCUCCUCCUAUCACCAGGAUGUUAAUUUUACUUAUUCGUGGUGGUACCAGAGCUGUGUGGUCAAAAAAAUGUUAUAUUGGGAUACUGCGCUCUUUUUUUAUACCCUUUCCCCAGAACUGUUUGUGUAAUGUAACCCGCUUGUUAAUUAUGAAACAAAUGUCCCCCAACACACAAUACUAAAACACUCUUAUUUCAGGAAGAAAAAGGCACAGAGGUGUAGGAUCUUUGUCAGAAAGGCAGCAUGAGAUGGGCUUUGUUAACGGUAGAACGAUUGAUCUCGAUUUUAAAUGUGAUCAGACCAACUUGUGCCUUUUAACAUAACCAAGACAAGCGUUUAUUACAACUAUCAGGUUAGCAUCGUUUUCUGCUGAGAAACUCUGGAUCCUGUUGAGUACGUAAUGUGUUUAUUUUGUAAAAUAUUUUCUGCUCUCAGUGAUGACGUCUUGCUCCUGUACUCAUUGCAGUGUGAUCUCAUUAACUUGAAAAAAUGUUCCAGAGGAUUAAAAAAAAAAAAAAGACGACGUCUCCUAAUCCUCUCGGCCAGAGGAGAGAAAAAAAGCAACUCGUGUUCAGUACGAGCCAAUUACCUAGAAGAGGUAAAUCACUUCAAUUGCUUUCUUAAAAGGUUGUGACGUGCAGCUAGCGGAUUAGUUCCUGGCAUCCUUGUCUUACGUGAUUUAAAAAGUGAGUGGCUGAGGAGGGAGCGGUACAGAUUGAACUUUGCCUUGGGUUAUCUGCGUGAGGCUGACGCAUCGUUCACAUUAUGUGCAGAACGUGCUUCGGAAUCAUUUGCUCCUGAAGCAGCUGACGUGCUGCCGUGUUUGCAUCGAUCCACUUCUCCUCUUCAAAGCGCUGGCACCGUUCCUGUCAUGUCCCAAGGACAAAACGUCUACUUCUCCAUUCACACUGCCGAUUUUCAUCAAGCUAGACUCCCUUUUCCUAGUGGGUGUUUAUGUGCGUAUUAGUGUUGAAUAAUGGGUUGGUUUUUGCUAAUGGUUUUAUCUUUAAAUAUUUCCCAAAUUAGGUUCCCGUGACGACGUGUCCCGACAUUAAGAACGUGACUGUGGUUCUGUUGCCAUACUUGAGUGAAGGUCGGGAGGGACGUGUUUCGUAUUGGACCUCAAACUGUGCUGCGCUGUGGCGGCUCUGGACUUCUUCCCCUCUUUGUGUGUAAAGUCUCAGCGCUGGUGGAUCUGUUCUGGUAGAGUAGAAUUAUUGUUUUUUUUCCAUUGUGAUGUUUGACUGUAAAUAAACUAACUGUACUUGGUAUCACAUGUUAAUCCAGACUGCCCAGUUUUUCAAAGACAUAUUUUGAGAUCUUACCUCAUAGUGUUUGCUUUAUUGACAUCUAAACAAUGUUUGCUGUUCUGUGACUUUUUCUUUGUAAUAAAAAUGUUUCAGAACUU